GCAAUGGUUCACUCCAGCGUCCUCGGUUUCCCCCGCAUCGGCGCCAACCGUGAAGUCAAGAAGGCUGUUGAGGCGUACUGGGCUGGCAAGCUCUCUGCCGACGAGCUCACCAAGGCUGCUGCCGAUGUCAAGAAGACCAGCUGGACCAGCCUCAAGCAGCACGGUGUCGACUUCAUCCCCAGUGGCGACUUCUCCCUCUACGACCACGUCUUAGACCAUUCUGCCGCGUUUAACGUCAUUCCCAAGCGUUACCUCGGCCACAAACUUUCCCCCCUCGAUGUCUACUUCGCAAUGGGCCGUGGCCGUCAGGGUGAUGGUGUCGAUGUCCCCGCUUCUGAGAUGAAGAAGUGGUUCGACUCCAACUAUCACUUCGUCGUCCCAGAGUUCUCUGAGGAGACCGAGUUCAAGCUUCUCUUCAACAAGGCUGUUGAAGAGUUCAAGGAGGCUCAGCUCGCUGGCGUUGUUACCCGUCCCGUCGUCCUCGGCCCUAUCUCCUUCCUUGUCCUCGGCAAGGCGGCUAAGGAGGCUAAGCCUGGCUUCCAGCCCAUCUCCCUCCUCCCCAAGCUGCUCCUCGUCUACAAGCAGCUCUUGAGCGAGCUCAAAGAUGCUGGCGCAGAGUGGGUCCAGGUCGACGAGCCCAUCCUCGUUCUCGACGUCGCUGCUAACCACGAGGCUGCCUUCUCGACCGCCUACAAGGAGCUCGUCCCCGUCGCCCCUGCCAUCCUGCUCGCAACCUACUACGGCCGCCUCGACUCUAAUGUCAAAAUCGUCCCCAAGCUCGGCGUUGCUGGUCUCCAUAUCGACCUCGAUCGCGCUCCCGAGCAGCUCACACAGGUCCUCGAGGUUAUCAAGUCCACCAACAUCGUCCUUUCCCUCGGCGUCGUCUCCGGUCGUAGCAUCUGGAAAAACGAUAUCGCUGCUUCCGUGAAGCUUGGCCAGAAAGCCAUUGAGGUCAUUGGCAGCGAGCGCGUCAUCGUCGCGACCUCUUCUUCGCUUCUUCACACUCCUGUCACCCUCGCGGGCGAGAAGAAGAUGUCCGCCGAGCACAAGGACUGGUUCGCAUUCGCUCUCGAGAAAGCCGAGGAGGUUGCCACCAUCGCUGCCGUCCUGUCUAGCUCUCAGGACUCCAAGGUCACUGCUGCCUUCGAGGCCAACAAGGCUUCGAUCACCAAGCGCCGCGACUUCGAGCGCACCUCUGACGAUGCCGUCCGCAAGCGCGUUGCUGCCAUCACCCCCGAUAUGCUGAACCGCAAGAGUCCCUUCGCUGUCCGCAAUGAGGUCCAGAAGCAGAAGCUCCAGCUCCCCAAGUUCCCCACCACUACGAUUGGGUCUUUCCCCCAGACCAAGGAGAUUCGUACCGCUCGUGCCAAGCUCGGCAAGAAGGAGAUCACCGAGGAGGAGUACAAUGAGUUCAUCAAGAAGGAGAUUGAGAGCGUUGUUCGCUUCCAGGAGCGCAUUGGCCUUGACAUGCUCGUUCACGGUGAACCUGAACGCAACGACAUGGUUCAGUACUUUGGCGAGCGUCUCAACGGCUUCGUCUUCACCGAGAACGCCUGGGUCCAGUCCUACGGCUCUCGCUACGUCCGCCCUCCCAUCAUCGUCUCUGAUGUCUCCCGCCCUGGCCCUAUGACCGUCGAGUGGUCUAAGUACGCCCAGAGCCUCACCACCAAGCCUAUGAAGGGAAUGUUGACCGGCCCCGUCACUAUUCUCAACUGGUCUUUCCCUCGUGUCGAUGUCUCGCGUGAGGUCCAGUGCAAACAGCUCGCGCUCGCGCUCCGCGAUGAGGUCAUCGACCUUGAGCAUGCUGGCAUUCACGCUGUCCAGGUUGAUGAGCCCGCUCUCCGUGAGGGUCUUCCUCUUCGCAGGGUUGACUGGGAUGCGUAUCUCGGUUGGGCUCUUCCUUCCUUCAAGCUCGCCACCGCCGGCGUCACCGAUGCUCUGCAGACCCACUCCCACUUCUGCUAUUCCGACUUCGACGACAUCUUCAGCUCCAUUCAGGACCUUGACGCCGAUGUCAUCUCUAUCGAGGCCUCGAAGAGCGACUUGAAGCUGCUCAACACCUUCAAGCGGUACGGCUACUCCAACAAGAUUGGCCCCGGUGUCUACGACAUCCACUCCCCUCGUGUUCCCUCUGAGCAGGAGAUCAAGGACCGCAUCGCUGCGAUGCUCCAGACUCUCCCGGCUGACCUCCUGUACGUCAACCCUGACUGUGGUCUCAAGACCCGUGGCUGGAAGGAGACGGAGGCGUCGCUCGCCAACCUCGUCAACGCCGCUCGCUGGGCCCGCCAGAACCACGCUUAAACGCGAUCAUCCUUGCGCUUCAACAGCGCCCGCUUUUACGGUUAACUUAAGUGGGCCGUCGUCGUUCUUUCGGACGCGACGUGCGCAAUGUUCAACCAAAGGGUUAGUUGUGGCGAAGUGAUAAUUAUUAUCGGGCCGAGGAGCCAUAGCGUGGCCGCCGGACAGGCUGGGACGUCUCGCUGCUCUCAUGUUUUCAUGCGCGGCGGACGGAUUGGACCUACCUUCUCGUGCACUCACUGUCUUCAGUAGUGUGCGAUGGGUGCGGCGGCUGCGUCGGAGAUGACAUGGUGCUCAUUGGAUUUCAACAAUCCGAACCAAAAGCGCUUCAACUGCGAGGAGCUGUAUGAUCGAAUCUGAUGUACUAGUGCAAAAUGCAAUACAUUUCGUGUACCCAAC